AGUAUAUAUAAUUAUGUGUUUAUAACUGUGUGUUUAUAACUGUGUGUUUAUAUUGGGCUCGACUACUGCCUGUUUUCUCCUUUUUUUUGUUAGUUGUGGGGACGCUGGGGUACAUUACGAAUAUUCAAAUAGGGACACUAGUAGAUUAUAAUUCAUUCCAAAAUGAUUCUUCUCCAAGCCACCUCUAUAAACUUUACAAGUACAAAGGGGCCUUAUAGGAGCUUCUCCACAGGGACAAUCCUUUCUUUUAUUAUUUAAGCGACUUUUCUUUUUCGGAGAUGUAAUAAACAGGCAGUUUAUUAUUUAACCAAUUUCAACAAGAGAAGACAUGUUGUCUACAUGAUUAUAAAUACACCCGAAAGUCGGUCCUUCCCUGAGACAACCUUUAUCUAGAAAGGCCAGUGAACGGUCAUUUAGGUCUCGUAGACCCACACCAACGAGUGAUGGCUUUAGUGUCAAAUGGUGUCAACAAUAUUUAAAUAUAGAACUCGACCAAGAACGCCGUUAUCAAACUUAUAAAACGUUGGUUGUCAAAAGGUUCGAACUACUACGUGAGCUUGCUGUGUAAAGGAAUGUAUGGUUAUGAAUAUUUAUUGAAAGAAGUUGCUAUGGCUUUGAACACAAAGAUACAUGUGAGUGCAGAGAGGCUGUCGUUGUAUAAGAAUCUACCAGACAUGAUAAAGCAUUUCACGAUCAAAGCAGAAGACACAAGGAUUCAUUGUUGUAAUUGGCAGCAUAUAAGGAAUGUUAAUUCAAAGCUUCCAUGUGGAUAUUCACUACCUGCGCCUGUCAAAGUUAAUGUUAUUAAGAUUAAAGCUACCAGUAUGUUUUUUGCUCGGCGUACUAUCCUUUACCUGGUGAUGGCAUCUUUCAAGUAGAUAAAGAUUUCUUUCGGGUGGUACAUUCCAUGCACGCUUCAAUGGAAGAGAUAAUAGAUUUAGUGAGUUAUCUUCGUCCGUUGAAUGUAUAUCCUACAGUGGAACCAGCUGGAAUUCACUCAUUAAAGGACACCCAAGAAAGCUUGCAACAGUAUACUCGAUGUGAAGUUAAAAUGAACAAGACGAUAAAAAACACCCCGACAUCUCGAGAUGCCGAUGAAGAGAACCCAACUUCAUUCAAAGAACAAAAAUCAUCUGUGUUUUCCGGUGCAUCUCUCUUGCGUUACACCCCAAGCGUUGAAGUAUUAGCAGAAUGUAGACAGUUGGGGCUGGAGAACGAAAAUUUUAUGGGAUUGUCACGUCGAAGAAAACGUAGAAAUAAUCAAUCACCAAACGGGAGAGCAUCCUGUGAAAUAAAGAACGUGUGUACAGACUCCACUGAAGUUCCCCAUGAAAAAUGUCGCAUUGUUGACAGCUAGCGCUUCAAAGAUAAAUUGGAGAACCCCUCUACAUCCUAAACGUAUGGAGGUCGGAUCUUUUUGCACUAUAUUGUGCUUUUUACUGAAAUAUUGUUAUAUAGUAUUAAUAUAUAAAUAACUAUUUUAAAAAUGAU